AAAGGGGAUAGUUUUGAUUGCUAUGUGGAAAGUAGUUUAAUUUGCUCAUAUGCCAGGGUCUCCUCCUCCAGUGCCCAGGUAAAACAGGGACUUAGGGACUUUUGUCUUUAAGAGCCAUACAGGUGAAGCCACCACUAACUAUAACUGAGGAUACUAUUCCUGUGAUGCUAAAGUUCAGCCAAAUAGAUGUUCUUGAAUUGCAAUCUCCAUCAUUGCCUUUGUUGGCUAGGACUAACAAGAACUAUAGUCCAAAAGCCUCUGGAGGUUCAUACUUGGCCUGUACCUGCCAUAAACACGUAAUGCCACCUAUUCAUGUAUGUUGGCAGUUGAAGGAUAACAUGUUUGAGCUAUACCUGUGGAGUUUAGCUUGGUCUUGAUCAUAACAAAUCUCUACAAACCUUGCAAAAUAAUGAUUUGCUACAAGUAAUCAACAGCUUCAGCCAGUAGGUGGUAGGCAUGCAACAUAUCUGGAGGAUAGGCAUUUUCUGGUUCAGCUGUUAUUAUUGAUGGGUGGGGUUGUUUCUAGUUGUAGAGAUGGCUGCCAACUGAUUGCUGUGUAUCUCGCACAUAACAGAACAGUAUGUUUUUACAGAAAACCACAAAACAGGCAGUGUUGCAGCACACAAGAGAAGUGAUGCCCAAGCCUACUGGGAAAGCUACACUCAGGGGAAACUGAUCAGAUUUGGUAGCAACAAAACACCAAAAAUGUUAUUCUGGCAGAUAACAAUAUUUUGGAGCCUCACAAUGGCCAGAAAGUCUUUGCAGAGUUCCCUGGACUUCCGUUUUGGCUCACUCUCUCAUUCAUCUAUUCACAGUAAAGUUAGCAGAGAACAGAACAGAGAAGAGUUCUACAAGCAGAAAAGACAAGCUGUUGCUUUGGAUAGUUCAACUGAAGAACAAACUUUUGUGAUUGAGAUAAACUUUGCAGAUUCCUCACUUCAGGAGACUCUCCGGAGUUAUUUAAACAACCUUAACUUUCCACUUUUGGUAAACUUGUCUGAUUCAGCCCUGAAGAUUACAAGUAUUAACGUUACCACAGUGUGUAACUCGACUGUCACUGAUACUUCUCUUUGCUACUGUGAACAUGGUUAUGGAUGGCCUUCCAACACAUGCAAAGCAUAUCCUUCCUGUCCUGAAACUGCAAAAGCUGCAGGAAAUAAGAGCUGCAAGUGCCUGGCAUUGCUGCCUUCACAGGGGGGCUACUGCCAGCCUCAGUCUGCAAAUGAUCCUUCCAUACUCAUAACAAAAAUGUCUCUCCAGCUUGACGAACCCUUUCAUAAUGACCUGUGGGAUUCAUCUUCCGUUUUGUUUAAACGAUACAAAUAUGAUCUGGAGACUGCGCUUACUACAGCUUAUAGAUCUUUACGAGGCUUCAUAACUGUAACAGUUACAGGAUUCAGGCCUGGAAGCAUUGUGGUUGAAUAUGAAAUAACAUCUACUGGAGACAUGCUUGCUGAAAGGGCAAAUGCAAAAGUAGCUGAAGCCAUAGGCAAUUCCUACAAAUUGAAAAGUAACUCAUUUGCAAAAGAAAUCCUCGGCAAUGUAAACUUCUCUGUUUCCCCUGAGGACAUUUUUGAGGGGGAUACAGUACGAAUUAUCUGUGAGUCAAGCACAGUGUCAAGCAACGUGACAUGGUCUCUUUCGGGGCGUUUGCUCUCCAGCAGCCGGCACUCUGUUCUGAAUGAAUUUAAAGGUGGAAAGUCAACAUCAACACUGACCAUCACAAGCAUUAAGCUGAAUGAAUCUGGUAAUUAUAGUUGCUCUUUUAUGGAAUGGAACAAGAAUUUGUCAUUAAUAUACAAAGCUGUAGAGAAUAUAAUUGUCUCAUCAAUCAAAAUUGCACAAUCAGAUAAUAUUUCAAUUGUAUGCAAUGGCGAGAAGCGAGAACUGAGCUGCUGCACUGAUCGAGAUAUCCAAGAAUUCUACUUUUAUUGGAAACCAAAUGGAUCAAUAAAUAUUUCAGGUAGUGCCACUUCCACUCAUAACUGUACAACGUAUGUGCUGCAGGCAAAUGAGUCUCAGUGCCCAGCAGACAAGUCUGGGUCCAAAACAGAUUAUACGUGUGAGCUGAACACUACAUAUGGUGCCCGAAAUAGUAGAGUAAUCAGCGUGACUUAUUUUCGAGCGGCAAAUGUAAUUAUGUCUUCCAACCCAAUUGGUAAGGUGUCUAAGGGACACCCUGUUUCAGUGACGUGUCUCAGUGAUGUGAGCAAUUAUGACCAAGUCACCUGGCAAAUCCAAACUGGAAGCUCUCUUAAGGAAGUAGACAGUGUGUGGUUUACUACCAAAAAGACUCCAAGAGGUGCUGAAUCUGUGCUGAAUAUAGUCAGUGCUAAUGAGGAUUGGGCAGGAACCUAUAUCUGCACCUUUUACCAAAGUUUUUUGAACAGCUCUGCACAUAUGAAAAUUAAAGUUUUUCCUUUGCCCCUGAAACAAGAGAUCACCAGAGAUCCUAUAGAAACAUUUGUGUCCUGUCCAGUGAACCAAGUCCUGAAAUGCUGCAUCAGCAAGCAGGAAAACUAUACUGUAACAUUCUCUGGUCAAAAAGGGUCACCAGUCUUUUCAGCAGAAGUUAGAAAAGAAGGCAGCCUCUACUGCUACUAUGCCAAACUAGUGGCCACAAAUGUUUCCUGUAGAGCCCUCGGACGAGCUUUUGAGCUGUUUUGUGAGUUCACUAACCAAAUUGGUGGCAGUGUUAAGAGUUCACCAAUUACCCUUAAACUUGUCCCAGCAAAGAAGGUGGCAUGCAAUUCUUCAGACAUUGGUACUGGAGAGAGUGAUGCUCUGGUUACAAAGCCAUGCUUGCAGUCACAGGGAGAGGAGAGCAAUCUUGUCAGAGGACACAUUACCUAUAGGUGUAGCCAUACAAAAUGGAUUGUUGCUAGAAAUGACUGCCUAACUGUCCCACUUAACAACCUUCUUACUAGUGCUGAGUCUUUGGUGUCUAGUCCUGAGUCAGUGAAGAAUUUGCCCACAUACCUUGCACAUCUGAAUACAACUGUAAAAAAGGAACAGAAAAAUCUAAACACUUCGGUUACAAAUCUGAAAGCAGUUGUUGAAAUCCUGAGCUUGGUUUCAGCUAUUCCUGUAAAUGCAGAGCAGACAACAAUGAAGAAUUUUUUGUCUACGGUAGAUACCAUUAUGAGUGCUCCAACAGGAACGUGGAAUGAUUUUAAGAAUGGAAGCUCUCAACUACUAGAUUCAGUGGAGCAAUUUUCCAGGUCCCUCCAACCUGUCAAUAACACAAUUCCUCCAGUCAGAUAUGGCAACAUUCAGCUUGAAGGAGCAGUUGUUGAUCCAGGAGAAGAAUAUAACAAGAGUUUUACAUUUUCAGAACCCUCAAGGCUUAGUGGUGGUGUGCUAAUCAAUGAAACAAAACUUAAAAACGAGACAUCAGCUUUCACCAUCAUCAGCGUGGCUUACUCAACUUUGGACCAUAUUAUUGCCCAGUCCAAUAAGACAGACGGACCAGUAGUCAAUGGUCUGGUUCUCUCAACUGUAGUGAGUGACAACAACAAAUUGAAGGAAGAUUUCCAGAUCGAUAUGGUAUUUACAAAACGUGAAAAAACCCUAAGAAAUCCACAGUGUGUCUUUUGGAAUUUUAAUUUCACAGCAGAUGGAGGCGGCUGGGAUAGCACAGGCUGUGAAAGCAGAGAGGAUGGGGACAAUAUAAUUUGCACUUGUAACCAUCUGACGUCAUUCUCUGUGUUGAUGUCUCCUAGCCAUGAGGACCCAUGCAGCGACGCACUGACUUACUUGACAUACAUUGGCUUGGGUAUUUCAAUACUAAGCCUGAUGGCCUGCAUUGGAAUUGAACUUGUUGUCUGGAAAUCAGUGACCAAAACAAGAAUAUCUUACAUGCGCCAUGUUUGCAUUCUGAACAUUGCCAUUUCUCUCCUAAUUGCAGAUAUCUGGUUCCUGGUGGUUGCAAUAAUGGAUAGUAGAAAUGAAAAAUUAGGGCGGCCAAUCUGCAUAGCAGCAACAUUCUUCACUCACUAUUUCUACCUCUGUGUCUUCUUCUGGAUGCUCACGUUGGGCCUUAUGCUCUUCUACCACCUGGUCUUUAUUUUACAUAAUGCAAGCAAGACUCUCAUGAAAACUGUAGGUUUCUGCUUGGGAUACCUUUGCCCUCUGGCUAUAUCAGUCAUUACAAUAGCCAGUACUAUUUCAUCUGAGACUUACACAAAGAAAGAUAUCUGCUUGCUCAACUGGGAAGAAAGCAAAGCUCUUUUGGCCUUAGUCAUUCCGGCUAUGGUCAUUGUUGCUAUUAAUGCUAUAGUUACUAUCGUGGUUAUAGCAAAAAUACCAAGACGUUCCAUUGGGGAAAAAUCAAUAAGUGAAGAAAAGAAAUCUUUGUAUCGUAUCGCCAAGAGUAUUGGUGUUCUAACACCUCUGUUAGGCCUUACGUGGGGAUUUGGUCUUGCCACAGUCGUACCAGGAAGCCCAUGCAUAUUCCACAUAUUAUUUACCAUUUUCAAUGCUUUUCAGGGAUUAUUCAUUUUCCUCUGUGGAACUCUCUGGGAUAGAAAGGUACGAGAAGUUCUGCUGAAUAAAGCUUCUCUUUCCAGAUGGAGCUCACAGCAAACAAAGUCAACAUCCCAGGGCAUGUCAGCACCUAUGCUUUCCAUCAGUUCUCCCUUUUCAAAAACUUUAAACAACUUGUUUGGUAAAGCAGGAAAAUAUCAAGUUUCUUCUACAGAAUCAACAUCUUCAUCUUCUGAAAAUACUUCAAAGGCAUAUUCUUUGUUGACAUGAACACAUGCAUAAGGGUUCAAAGAUUCAGAAUGCAGAUCAAGCAACAAACAAGAAGUUGAGAAUGAUACAUUCGACUUUCCAUAGAACUAUGAUUUGUUAACUGAAUAUAUUAUUUCAUUGCUAAUGAUGCACGGACGACUCCUUUCAGUACCAUUUUCAUGUUAGAACUGUAGUGCUUCAAGACGUUGGAUGUUCUCUGUGCGCCAAGGUGUUGGUAACCAUUCAUUCCACAUAGAGAAAAUGGUUGACUUGAUAGUUGUGCAUUACAUCUGGUGAUCCUAACUUAGGAUUCAUAAAUGAGGGAUAUCUACUUCACUUAUAUCAAAAUAUGUGCCCAGACAGACAUAAGGAUUUCUAUAACUAUUAUUUUCAUGGUUGGCUGAGGCAUUUGCAUAUUAGUUUUUCUAAUGGUUAAGACACCUCCAUUGAAUCCUGUGUAUGUCAGUUCAGAGGUAAGCCUCUGUUUCAUGGGAAUUAUUCCCAUGGCAGGAUAUGAGACUGCAGUCCACAUCAUGAUCCUUAUUUCAGGAUGUGGUCCUAAGCAUACUGGAAAAUAGUGAAAUUUCUUUGUGAUAUUGAGCAAUAUGUCAGUAUGUGAAAGAUCUGUGUCAAUCAUGUGAAUGGUCUACUAUACAAUCAAAAGCACUUUAUUUUUGUACUAUCAGAUUUUUUCCAGUUACACUUCUUUUACUAAAAUUAAUGUUAUUUAAUAUAAAGAUAUAUUUAUAAUGAUCUUUAAUAAAAGAUGCUUGCAAAGUGCUCUGCCCUAAGCAAUGCCCUCCAGUCAUUUCAACAUUUUUUUGUUUAAAAGAAAUAUGAAUUUUUGUAACUAUUUACAGUUCACACUUGUUAUCUUAACUGAUAGACUACUCAUUGAUAGCCUUAUACAGUUUUUAAAUCCUUCUUUCAAGUUGUCAAAAUUGGCAAUCACAACUACAUUUCUUGGAAGCAAGUCCCACUGUUUCACUGAAUCUUUCUUCAUUUAUCUCCAUUGACUGGUCACUAGGUUCUAGUAUUAUUACUAAGAAAAGUGGGGGAAAUCUCCAUGCCCUUCUUCAUCAGAUAGUGUUCUAUAUACAGUAGAGUCUCACUUAUCCAACAUAAACGGGCCAGCAGAACGUUGGAUAAGCGAAUAUGUUGGAUAAUAAGGAGAGAUUAAGGAGAAGCCUAUUAAACAUCAAAUUAGGUUAUGAUUUUACAAAUUAAGCACCAAAACAUCAUGUUAUACAACAAAUCUGGCAGAAAAAGUAGUUCAAUACGCAGUAAUGCUAUGUAGCAAUUACUGUAUUUACCAAUUUCGCACCAAAAUAUCAUGAUAUAUUGAAAACAUUGACUGCAAAAAUGCGUUGGAUAAUCCAGAACGUUGGAUAAGCGAGUGUUGGAUAAGUGAGACUCUACUGUACCUUUUGUCUGAGUUCACUUCAUAAUAGCUCCUCACAAAGUAUUUUUUUCCAGUUUCCUGGUUAUUUUUUAUUGCCAUUUUCUAUACAUUUCUAGCUCUAUGCUAUCAUAUUUCCCAAAAUCUAUCAUGGAUGUGGCUCCUAAUGAGACAUGUCACAUUAUCACUGGAUGCCUACGUCCUACACCACCGGAGAGAUUAUACUGUUUAGUUGUUAUUGCACAACCUGAUAUCCAUUGGAAAGUAGCAGCCAGUAAUGAAGGACCAAGGUAUUGACAUCUCUGGCCCAUCCUCUGUUCAGAUAUCAGGCAGCAUGCCAAUGUCUUAAAUCAAGACACAGGUUCCUAAGAUCUACAGAGAUACCUGCAGGAACACCUCAGCAAGUGCAAGUCCAAUAGUGGCAGGCUAAAACCCAGAGCCUCAAUCAGUGGCUGAUUCUGGAUGAGAGACUCCCUCCUGGGCACACAGAAGACUGGACAACUGGGAAGGCGCUGAACAGACUGUGCUCUGGUACCAUGAGAUGCACAGCCAAACUUAAGAAAUGGGGCUACAAAGUGGAGUCCACAACAUGCAAGUGUGAAGAAGAGAAAACCACAGGCCACUUACUACAAUGCAGCCUGAGCCCUGCCACAUGCACAUUGGAGGACCUUCUCACAGCAACACCAGAGGCACUCAGUGGCCAGCUUCUGGUCAAAUAAAAUCUAGUAUAAUGCAA